CGUGCUCAGUCGAGAGGGGCAGCGGUCGCUCUUCCCUCGAAACAAUAAAUAAAUAAACAUAGUUGUGUUCAAUUUAAUGAACAUUCAUGUCGAGGUAUGGCCCCGGAGUGAAAGAGAUACCCCUCGGUGCGACAGUGGUGGUCCAGAUGGAUUGAGCCAAACCUGUAAGAUAAUGGAGGGAGCUGGACACAGGGGAAGAUGGGAAAAAACAAACCCUGUUGGCACAACACUGCUGCUCCUCAUGUGCAUGUUCAUCCCCACUCUGACGUUGUUAGAGCCUUCAGAGGAGCAGAUGUGUCCACAUGGGGACUAUCCCACUGAAAAGGGAAUCUGUUGCAACAGAUGCUCUCCAGGUUUUAAGCUUGUCGAGAAGUGUAAUGCUACGGGUCAGAGAAGUACCUGCACACCCUGUCCGGCAGGACAAUACACAGACCAGAUGAACUUCUUCCCCAACUGUCUAAGUUGCAGGCGCUGCAAAGCAUCGAAGCAUGAAGUGGAGGUAUCACCAUGUAAAAGACCGCAAAACGCAGUGUGUCACUGUGAGGCCGGUUAUUACAAGUCUCACAUCGACUCGGAAACAUACGAGUGUCACAGAUGUACACAAUGUGGACAGGACAAGGAAAAGGAAAAGGAAACAUGUACAGCAGAGAAGAACACCGUGUGUCAAUGUACAGAGAACUACUACCAAGCCAAGGGCAAGUGUAAACCCUGCAACAAUUGUACCGCUGAGUGCAAACAUCACUGCUCAGACCCCUCUUCUCUGAAUACAAUAGCUCCUAAAAUUGAUGAACAUCUUAUCAACAUAAUUGCUGGAGUUGUAGUUGUUACUGUAGUCUCGCUAAUGCUGGUGGUCCUCAUCACCCACGUGGCCACAAAACGGUCUACGAAGAAGAAGUUGCUGAAACUCACCACCCAACCAUCGGACGUCUCCCCGGACUCAUGCGAGCAAGUCCUGGUUCACAGUGAGGAACCUUCAGUGGACAUGAGUGUUUGGGCUGUUCCCCAAAGUCAUGCCAGUGAACAGGAGUCAUCCAAUCUGCCCGACUGUGUCCCCCUGGAAAUCAGGAUCCCUGACCUGAUCUACACUGUGCUGGAUCUGGUUCCCGUGCCGCAGGUGAAGCGGCUGGUGCGUUCUCUCGGCGUGAAGGAUACAGAGAUCGAACAAGCCGAGACGGAUCACCGGUCCUGCCGCGAGGCUAACUACCAGAUGCUGAGGCUGUGGGCCGAGAGAGGGCCACGUGCCGGUGGAGGAGGUCGAGGCAGAAUGCUGCACUGGCCCUUGUUGCACGAGUUGUUGGACAAACUGAGACUGAUGCACUUGGGCCAAGCAGCCGAGGAGCUGGAGACAAAGUUCGGCAUUCAGUAACUCUGCAACGUGUGCCAACCAAAAAGCUUAUGAGACCAAGUAUUGUUCCCUGUGGAGACUCACGGGCGGCCUCAAAGCGGACAACUGACACCGCGCUACCACCAGCAGUUUUAUUUCACUCUACCUCUCCAUUCGCUCGCCGAGAAGACGGGAUCAAACUACUGAGAGUGCCGGAUCAGAUGAUUCAGUGGGAGAGUCACAGAGAAGUUCAGCUUACAAAUUGACAGAAAAACUUUUAGCCAUUUUGUUUUUUAAAGGAAUGACAGCUUAUUGACUUUGUUGUGCAGAGUUAGAUGUGAAGAUCGAUACCACUCCCAUUUCUGUAAAUGUGAAAUUACAACCAGCAGCUGGGAAACUUAUCUUAUCACAAAGACCAGAAACACAAAAACACUUUGCCUGGCUUAGUCCAAAGGAAACGACGUCUGGCGACCAACACCCUCAAAGCUCACUCACUGGUGGUCUGGUUUAAUCUGAAGUGGGUCGAUUCUGUAACCGGACUAUUUCUCGUCCGCGAACAGCAACCCCCUGGAGUUUUUGCUGAUUGCCUGGCAACCGCUCAUCUGGCUCACUCUCCCCAGGAAACUAAAAAAUGUUUCACUCAAAACUUCAAACUAUUAUAUCAAGACGUCCAUCACCCUGCAGAGUUGCAUGCUGGAACUAUUUCUUGUCUGGGUUCAGAGAGUUAUUGAGGUGUAGGUGUCUUUGGAAAUAUGGGGGAAAUAAAAGGUCUUUUAUGAUUUAAUUCUGGACUGAAUGAACAUUGCAAACAUUUUGUUUUCUGUUUUGUGCAAAAUCAAAUUCUGAUUAAGUCCGUGCCAUAAAACAAAUCAAUAGUAGUUACUUGUUACAUUGUUGAAACAUUUCUAGUCUUGAAAAGCUUGAAUAGGAACAAUUUAAAAACCAGGGAAGUUGGUAGUUCCUGUCGACCAGAGUCACUUCACACAGGCUGUUACAGCCUCACUUGCAUACCUUUAAGCCCCAUCAUACAAGCAUUAUUCAUCAGUCAGAGAACAGACCACGCCUUGUCUCGCUCUGCUUUAGUAAUACGUGUCUCUGCCUGCAGAUUGAGAUAUGAAUACGUCACACAGAGAAAGAGUGAGGAUGUGUUAUUCCACUGUACUUUUAUCCUGUAUGAAACUGUAUUACAGAACAAUUUAGUGAGUGCACAGUCAAGUAUAACAUAUAUUGUGUUGAUAUCUGGACCUUAAAUAAAUGUGUCUUUCUACCGCU